AUGAACCGUAACCGGCGAACGACACACUCAACCGAAUCUGGCCGGGACGUGCAGAUGAGCUUCGAUCAACGGUUGCAGGCGAACGCACGUGAACGCUAUCGAACGCACAGCGUCAACUCGGCGUUCAACAACCUGCGCCAGCUGAUACCGACGGAACCGCGCAACCGGAAGCUGUCCAAGAUCGAAACGUUGCGGCUCGCGAAGAGCUACAUCUCGCACCUGAUCGCGGUGCUCGUUACUGGAAAUGGACAGCGGCCAUGCGUCGAUACGAUCGGGCACCAGCGGUCGGAGGGUCUAUCGGAACAACCGGAUGAACCACCUGCGCGGCCACCUAUCUGCACGUUUUGUGUCACGUUCGACAAAAGCUAA